ACUCACGUCGCAAAACAUGGCUCGGACUCGCCAGGAAGAUGGCUGCCACGCGUUACGAAAGAGCGGACGAUUUCUUACGGGUAAGCCGCUGCCCGACCGUCCAGAAAACCGCCGCGUUGCCGUACGUCCUCUUAGUCACGCUCGGUGGUGGCUGUCGACGCGAUGGUAUAUAACAUUAAGUGGAUCAUACCGAAACUUCGGAACCCGUCGAGGCUCUGGAACAUCGCGAGUAGCAUAACCUUCGCAGCAGUGGGCAUUUUCUCGAAAAUCAUCAUAGAAUGGCUGAACAAAACGACGGUGUACAACAAGCACAUUAUCGUGCGCGCCUUAGACGUCCGGCCGAAAGACGUCCCGCUCAUUACCGUGUCGAAUCAUCACAGUUGCUUCGACGAUCCAGGCAUAUGGGCAUCACUAGACCUCCAGCAUGGGUUCAAUCGACGUAAGAUGCGAUGGUCGCUCGCUGCACACGACAUUUGUUUCACAAAUGUUUGGCAUUCCUACUUUUUUAUGCUUGGCAAGUGUAUACCUGUCGUUAGAGGCGACGGCGUGUAUCAGGAAGCCAUGGACUUCUGCAUCGAAAGGUUGGCCCUUGGGGAAUGGGUGCACGUCUUCCCUGAAGGAAAAGUGAACAUGCUCAAGGAAGACAUCAGGUUGAAAUGGGGCGUGGGCAGAUUAAUAUUAGAAUCGCCCGUCACGCCUAUCGUAAUUCCUAUCUGCCAUCUCGGUAUGGAUCAAGUACUUCCUAACGAGCCGCCGUAUAUGUUAAAAACGGGGAAGAGAGUUACCAUGAAUUACGGCGAGCCCAUAGACUUUAGCGGAUUGUUGGACGAAUUGCGGGUGUCGAAAGCGAGCGAAGUGGAAGCGCGGAAAGCGAUAACCGAUCGCAUACAAGAGGAGCUUCAAAGAUUGAAAGCAGCAACGGAAAAACUUCACAAGUUAUGACGAAGAUGAUCUUUCUGCGUCAUCUCUCCGUCUCUAGCCUUAAUUUGCCAAAUAUUACAAAAGGAAAUAACCAUUCGUGUAGAAAAUGAGACUUGUACGUGAUAUGUACGAUCUGUAUGAUAAUGAUUAGUUUCCUUUUUUUUAAGUAUAUAUUCGUAUUGUAACUAUAUUCGUGACAAUAUCGAUUAACGUAAGCAUCUAUUGUAUAGAAAGUCGCUCUGUAUGCUACGAAAAUUUCAUCGUUUCUAAUUGUUUCUAACAAACUCUUCGCGAAAGAUUAUCUAAUGCUGGUACAUGUAUUCGUACAUGUUGAAGUUGCGUACCUUCUCGCAAUUGUACGCAUUCUUGAAAUACGAUAUCGACCAUUUUCCGAUAAAAAUCUUUAGACAAACGAGAUUGAUUGAAUGGGAUAUUGAUUUAAUUUUAGGAAGUUGUUUUGGUAAAACUUUUUUACUUAAAUUUACUUAAUUUUUAACCUAAUUAAAUUCAAUUUAUCUGACUCAUCACUAAGAUAUUUAGCGAGUUUUAGAAAUUAUGCGCGUUAUUAUCUAUGAUAAUAAUUCAACAGGUAUUUAGCAGGUAAUUAGCAGGAAUAAUGGACUGUGUAAACUCACUAAAAGAAUCGCGAAAGAAAUAUGCAAGUUUUGAUACACGUUACACAUGCAUUCAUUCCGAGUCACACGUUUCUCGGGCGAUGCACGCCUUGUAAAAUAAUUUAUAUAUAAAUAUAUAUAUGCAUGUUACGGUGUAAAAGUGAUUAACCGAUGUUUUUAUAAAACUGAUCAUUGGCACAAUAUAUACGAAAUAUUGGCAAUCCUGUAGAAACAUAAUCAACGCGCGCUGGUCACUUUCACCGUAACAUAUAAAUCAUACGUGUACAUAGUACGAUUAAUAAUCAUAACUGACAUACGUGCUCCUUUUAUAAUGAUUGUCAAUAAAAAAUUUUGAUAGUACAAGCGGGGAACACGUAUAAAGUGAAUAUAUAAAAGCUGUGCCAGUGUACCUCAUUAAUUAUUCUAUUUCCAAAGUCAAUUUAAAGUGUCAUUACAGUGCGGAUGUAGCACACUUGGCCAUUAAUUAUAUACUCCGCGUCCUCGUUUACGAGCACCGUGCCAAUUAACAGAUUUGCAUUUGUUUUUACUAAAGAACGCAUAGUAAACGAUCGCACAGUUAAGCAAGCACUAACGUACAGCGUGUCUCGUGUCUUAUAAUUAGAAUGUUAGUACUGUUUUUGUAAUAAUAUGACAUGUGAAUUUCUAUGAAGAAUCGUACGAUAAACAUAUUAGCGAAUAUAAAAUAUAGCUAAAAAGUAAGCUGUAUAUCUUGUUUGUAAUUGCUUGUGAUGAAAACGAUAUGAUUACUGGCUAAUUACACGAUUCGUUUUUUUUUUUU